CCAAACCCCCCUCACAUACCUGCCGCAGGUAAAACAACAGACCGCGUCUCACAAGCACGCUCAAAGGCACCUCUAAUCUGUACCAUGUCGUUCAAGAGCCCUUCCAGGAGUUUCUCCAGCUCAAGUCUUUCUAGCAGCAUGGGGUCAAGGAGCGGUUUGUUUGGGGCCAUUUCCCCAGCCACUAUAGGGAAUCUGGCAAACACACUGCGUCCGUUCGUGCAGAUCAACAGCAGCAAUUUUCCCCAAGUUGAUGAUAAAGAGACCAUGAAGGGUCUGAAUGACCGUCUGGCGGGGUAUCUGUCAAACGUACGAAUCCUGGAGGACUCCAACAAUCAACUGGAGGAGCAAAUCAAAGAGGCUCUGAUGAGGAAAGGAGCUGAGAGCGGCAGAGACUGGAGCGCCUAUGAGAAGAUUGUUAAUGAUCUGAAAAACCAGAUCCAGGAAAUGACUAUGGACAAUGCCAGACUUUUCCUGCAGAUAGACAAUGCCAGGCUUGCUGCUGACGAUUUCAAAGUCAAGUUUGAGUCAGAGCAGGCCAUGCGGCAAGGGGUGGAGCAGGAUCUGGCACGGCUCCGAAAGAUGCUGGACGACACUUACAUGGGCCGCAUGCAGCUGGAGGGCCAGAUCGAGUCUAUGAGAGAAGAGCUGGCGUUCCUGAAGAAGAGCCACGAGGAGGAUGUUGCCAACCUGACAAACCAGAUCAACGACUCCCAAGUCAAUGUGCAAAUGCAGACUAAAAACAGUGAAGACCUCAACGAGACCAUUAAUAACAUCCGCUCGCAGUACGAGCGAGCCGUGCAGAAGAGCCGUGAGGAAACUGAAGCCUGGUAUCAAAACAAAUUUGACAGCAUCGCAGCUGAGGUGACUCAGAACACAGAAGCUCUGCAGGCAGGAAAGACAGAGCUGAACGAGCUGCGCAGGACAAAACAAUCUCUAGAAAUUGACCUGCAGGCUCUGCACAACAUGAUUCGAUCGCUCGAGGAUUCGCUGCGUGAAACGGAGACACGUUACGCUCAUGAAGUCAAUGGGUACAACUCUCGAAUCAUGCAGCUGGAGGGAGAGCUGGGACAGGUGCGAGCGCAGUUGGAGCGCCAGGCGGCCGAGUACGAUGCCCUGCUCAACAUCAAGUCCAAACUGGAGGCAGAGAUUGCCACCUAUCACCGUCUCCUGGAGGGUGUUGUCGAUGACAAUGAGGACAAAAACAGAGAGGAAUUUACUUUAGAGCAGGCGUUGUAUACAGCUCCUCCUCCUCAUUGCGGACUUAGGAGAGACAUCAUCAACGCACCAGAAAUAGUGGUCAGAGAAAUGGUCCCUCAGAGGGAACUUGAGCAAAAUCUUACUAAUCACAAUGACCUGGUUGUUACUUGGGAGGAUCAGGAGUUGACAGAACAACUGGAGCUAGCAGUGGAAGAGGCAAAAGCAGAGGAAGAGGAAUUAGCAGAACAACUGGAGUUAGCGGUGGAAAUGGUGAAAGCAGAGGAAGAGAAAGUAGUAAAACAACUAGAGUUAGUGGUGGAAAUAGUGAAAGCAGAGAAACAGGAAUUAGUAGAACAACUAGAGUUAGCGGUGGAAACGGUGAAAGCAGAGGAAGAGAAAGUAGAAGAACAACUGGAGUUAGCGGUAGAAACGGUGAAAGCAGAGGAACAGGAAUUAGCAGAACAACUAGAGUUAGCGGUGGAAACGGUGAAAGCAGAGGAAGAGAAAGUAGAAGAACAACUGGAGUUAGCGGUAGAAACGGUGAAAGCAGAGGAACAGGAAUUAGCAGAACAACUAGAGUUAGCGGUGGAAACGGUGAAAGCAGAGGAAGAGAAAGUAGUAGAACAACUGGAUUUAGUAGUGGAAAAGGUAAAAGUAGAGGAAGCGUUAACAAAACUGCCGUUAGCAAAGGAAGUUGAGUUAGUGGAGGACCGAGAAGUCAUCUGCUGAACAUGAUGAGGACGACGCUUCUCAAGAUGUUUUGAAGAAAAAGUGACUUUUCACUGCUGUUCCAUCCUAAUCUUACAGCCUCAGUGGUUCUUCUUCUCUGUCUUUGUUCACUUCUUCUUGCUCAGUUUUUCUUUGUGUUGACCAUGACAAUUUUAUCAAUCUCCUAUGCCACAAUUAAAUAUGAAUUUGCUUCA